AUUACACGAAAAUAUGGCGAGUUUGGCAACAAAGGGAUCGGGACUUGUAAACAGGCUUCUUGUUCAGGCAAGGCCUCAGCUCGAUGUUUUCUUGAAAUACGCCAAGGUGGAACUAACUCCACCAACGCCAGCUGAUAUUCCAGCAAUUCGUCAGAGCAUUGGCAACAUUGUCAAGGGUGCUAAAACCGGCUCAUACAAGAACCUUACCGUUCGUGAAGCUUGGUUAAACACGCUUAUCACCGCCGAGGUCAUCUUUUGGUUUUACAUUGGCGAAUGCAUCGGAAAGCGCCACAUUGUUGGAUAUAAUGUUUAAAUGUCCCAUUUCCAGUUUUGUAGCCAACAAAAUGAAAAGUGCUUGUUUGAGAUAUAGGUAUCCGCUAAUAUCUGGACACUAAAUAAAGUUAAAUAAUACGACAGUAAA